AACUGCUUUGUUGCAGAUCUUCUAUCCCCAAGAGCAGCUGGAAGAUGAGAUGGAAAUCGAUCUAAUCUUUGCACAGAUCAUCGCUGAUUGUCGCAAACCAAAUGCUUAUCGAAUUCGCAAUUUUGAACGCGAUGCUGUGAGUCAAAUUCUACGGACAAAUCGCAUUCCACCAGCAGCGCUGGACUUCCCUCAGCAAGUGGCCGUGGAUGUGAAACUGGCCGUUAUCCAGUGCGCCCGUGGUUGGCCUCUCUAUUUCAGUGUCAUUUUUCCAGUCGUAGAACAGAUCCUCAAUAAGGGUGCUGACGAGGUGAUGAUGGUGCAGAGGUUGCUGGCUGUACACGAAACUGGCCUC